AUGAGACUCGGAAGCUCAGGGGGCGAGGGGUCGAGCCCCCACGUGUUGGGGCGCUACACUUGUCCGGUGGUUGAGCUGGGGUAUGUAUGGGGGUGUGUGGUGAGGGGGGUGGGGGGGGGGGGGGGGGGGGGGUGUGGGUGGGGUAUUAGGAGCGGGGUAGGGAGGGAUGGGUGGGGGGGUGUGGGUCGGGGUGGAGAGCUGGUAGGCGCGUGGGUGGGGUGUAGGGGUGCGGCGUGGUGUAUGGGGGUGGGGGGGGGGGUGUAG